AUGGUAAAUCAUAGCAACAACAAUAAUGAAGCUCCAAUUAGGUGUGUUAAUUGUGCUCAAACUCAAACUCCUUUAUGGAGAAAGAAUGAAAAAGGUCAACCUAUUUGUAAUGCUUGUGGUUUAUAUGCUAAAUUACAUAAUAGAGAUCGUCCUGUUGCCAUGAGAAAGGCAAAGAUUCAACGUCGUAGAAGAGACUGGGGUGCCAAUAACGGAAAUCCUAACGGAGGAAGUGGCGGUGGUGUUGGAAGAAGUUAUUGGUUGUUGAAGAAUAGGAAUUUCAUUAGAUGUUGUUGUCGUUACACCACCAUUAACAGUAUUUUUUCUUGA